AUGAAUAAUCAGAGUGGCCAGCUCGAUAACAUAGCUCAAGUACCUGAAGAUGACUUGACAGAUGUGUCCUUCAUCAAUCCAAACUUUCUCAAAUAUUAUGGUCAGCUAACUCACGACAAUGUGCUGGCCUACUUUGCCGAAUCGCAAUUCUAUUCACGCGACUCCAUCAACGAAAAUAUUGUCAUGCAAACUCGAUACAAUCCGCUCGAGGCUUCCCAGCUGAAUGUCAAGGCUCUCACUGGAACUGUAUACGAUAUACUCGAUCACGUCGCUGAUGUCGGCUUGUGGGUCAUUGGCAAGUGGAAUCGAGUUAAUGAAACUACAGAUGAUUUGGUAGCUGUCUAUUAUAUCGUCGACAAUACAAUCUACCAAGCUCCUGACAUACACACGUUGAUUGCCAACAGAGUGUCAUCAAGUCUACAAGCACUCUCUGAAUGCUUCUCGUCAAUACUACCUGAAUCGGCGUUCAUACCUUCUCGAGGUCACAUGUGGAACUCUGAUGUAGAAAUUCUUGAAAAACUCGGAAAAGCAAACACCACCAGCAACAACAAGCCAUCACUCGAGGAAGAAGCAGGAGCUAUAGAGAGUCUGGCUACAGAGGACGAAGAUGAUGAUCCAACCGUUGCCGCUAUCCAUAAUCCACAUCUUAUGCAUGACGAAUUGGUUGCUUCGCAGCAUCUUCUAGACUCGAUAGUGUUGCAUGGUGGUUUACUGGAAACAAGCAGUGUUGUUGGAGCAAGAGGAACUAGUAGGUUGGCAAGUCUGGCACCCUCUGCAAGGAGAAACACACCUCCAGUCAGAUCGAGUAAUGUAUCGUCGCCUGCACCUAGCAUGGCUAGUGCCAGCAGCACUGACAGGAAACGAAAAUUCACAUGA